UAGAAAUGUGGGAACUUUUAGACAAACUAUCCGAAAACCUUUACUGUUCAAGUUAGGUUUAUUUAUGUCCAACAUAUUGGAAUCUUACAAAUAUUUUUCUAUACAGAACAGUUCAGUCCAUGAGGCCUAACAGACGGCUAAACCAAUACUUAAGUACUUGGCUUUCAUAAAAUCUCACAUGUUUAUGGUCCAAAGAAAGCUCUAAAAUACACUGAACUGCUGAUGUUGUUGAUUUUGUGAGUAUACUGUCAGGAUUGAGAUUGUUGCAUGAUGAUGGCCUCGGCUCCAAAGCUUUCUGGGCCUGAGGAUGCUGCUCCGGCCGAGGAGGCGUCUAGCACACAGCUGAGCUCUGUUUAACAUCUCAGUCCACUUCAGCCGAGGGUCCUCCUUCAAACCGGUUCUGUUGGGCGCUGUGAGUCAUGGGCAGCUUCAAGGGUCACGCUCUUCCUGGCAGCUUCUUCCUUGUAGCAGGAAUUUGGUGGACAGGAAAGUACUCGCUCUGGCACGCCACCCGCAGGAACAAGAGCAUAGGUUCUACUCGGCUGGCUGGCAGGUCCUUGCAGCGCCGCUUGGAGAUCAUUGAGAACAGUGUUGUCCUCUUCUUCUCUUUAGUGGGUAUGCUAGCAGAGCAGUUUCUGGCAGAUGGACCAAAGCUGCAGUUGUACAACUUUGCUGAGAAACACUGGGAAGACCUGAUGAACUGGCAGCACGCCACCAUGUACCUGUUCUUCGGCCUGGCGGCAACCGUGUCUCUGGUUCUCCACAGCACAGAGGCAGCGCCGCUCGCGCUGGACCGUCUGAUGCUGGCUGUCGCUUUCUUCAACGAAGGAUUUCUUUUCCUCUACCACCUCCAUGGUCGGAGCAUGCUGGAUGUCCAUGUGCAUCAGCUCCUCCUCUACGCUGUUUUCGGUCAGGCUAUUGCUGCCUUCCUAGAGGUUUUCCAUCGAGGGAACAUCAUUCUGGAGCUGCUGCGCUGCACCCUCACCAUCCUUCAGGGAAGCUGGUUCUGGGAGAUCGGCUUUGUGCUGUACCCUCCCAGUGGCCCAGAAUGGGACCUGACAGACCACAGCAACAUGAUGUUUGUGACCAUGUGUUACUCCUGGCACCUGGCCUUCGCCAUGCUCGUCGUGGGCGUGUUGUACUGUACAGUCAGCUGUGUGGUGCGCUCCAGACUGAAGAGGACUCCUCCGAUGGAAAUGGGACUUUUGAAGACAACGGAGCGGGAUGCAGAAUCGGAAGACGACGUUUUAUGAAGGAGACCGAACCAUAUGAUGCACGGACAUCACAGAGGAAUCAGGGAUGUGAUGCUAGCAAUUUGACUAAAAACAAGAGACCCGGACUUUAUGUGACAUUAUUCACUCCAGUCCUGCCUCAUUUCAUCAGCUUCAGAGCAUCUUUAAACCUCUAUUUCUAUUUUGUUUUAUUCUUUUUAUGCUUUUUCAUGUCUGCCACUCAUUUGCACACAAGUUUGACAAGAUCUUUGACCUACUAAACUUUCCUUUGUAGAGUUAAGUUGGUGUUCACUAGCGCCAUCUUCUGGUGAAAUCUAUCUCAAUCGUCAGUGUUACUUGAAAGCAUUUCUUUGCAUACGUAAGGCAGCCAUCUUUUGUCUCAUUACAUCAGAAGGUCAGAGGUCAAACACAAAAAUAUGCUCGUUUUCCGUAAAUGAGAUGGAUUUUGAAAAAAAUUCUAACAUUUUUGCUCAAAAGAGUUGAAAGUUAUCAUAGUGUACAUUUUUUUUGCCUCUUGAAUUUGCACAACAGAAUAGGUUUUCUAGAUUAAAUCAUGUUGAUGUAAAUUAUACAAUGAAAGUAUUGACUCUGUGACCCUAAUUACCUACAUUUGAAGCAAAAUAACAAUAUAUUCUAAACAGUUUUUCAUAAAUUUAAAGGCAAAACCAGCACCCACUGUGGCUUCUGUACACUAAAGACUUCUUUAGCAGAUUAUUUAUUGCUGCUAAAGUGGAAAAAUAAAUAAAGGAGAUAAGUCAGUCA